UGCCCAAACAAUACAUUUGGAGUAAGUUGCAAUGACACUUGUAGCAGUCAGUGUCGUCCCAUGGAGACGAAUCGAACCAGAUGUGAUCAUGAAACAGGGGCGUGUCUACAGGGAUGUCUAGAGGGUUAUGAGGGGUUCCAGUGCACAAACAAAGUCAGCAAACAGUUAUUUCCUGUCACCACUGCCAUAUCCAUCAACGUGAUCUUGGGUCUUGUGAUUCUGCUUGUCCUGAUUGCGGCCCUUGCCCGGUGGCACAAGAACCAAAAGAGGGGACACCUUCGCUUACACGAUUCUCCUCUGGACAACAAGGACUACAGUGUGAUGAACUUUAGCCGACAAUCUGAGUGUGUGUAUGAAGUGCCGGUACUCCGUGGGAAAGAGAACUCAAACAGCAGUCAACAAGAUGACGCUUGUGACAAAGAUGGCAAUGAUGAGACUUUAAGCAUUGACAGUACGUAUCAAAACACGAGAGAAGCUCAAAUGGAUACCUCUGCACAAGUCAAUUUGAACUCUGACAUGGAAGUACUCAAGGAAAGGGAUGAUGAUUCUAAAGAACCACUUUGUGAUGAUCAGGAGGUUUACGCCAACUGCCCCGUAGCAAAGUUAGGUCACUUGUAGAGAAGGAUUUUUCCCCCUUUUGUUCUAUUCGGAGCCAUAUCUAAUAACUGAUAUUCAGUUUAAUAAUAAUACCCCGGGGUGAGUAGCGGUGUUUUUAAUCACAGGGCCGGGAUGGGUAGCGAGAUUUUUCAUAGUAUUGGAAUGGGUAGAAUUGUUAGGGUGGGUAGUAGUUUUUUUUUUUUUUAAUCUGGAAGUGGGAAGCAGUGUUUCUCAUUCCAAAUUUGGUAGAAGUUAUUCUCAUCUCAGAGUGGGAAGCAGUAUUUUUUAACUGGGACAAGCAAACUGCUUUUUUUUUUCAACGCGAUUUAGGUAGCAUUGUAGCAUUGCUUUUUUCAAAUCAGCUUUGGGUACCAAUUUAUUUCAUUGCGGUAUAUCCUGUUUGCCUUCUGUGCAGUGCUAAUUUUUUUUCCCUGCAACUGUUACACUAUUUUCAAAUCUUUGUUAGGUAAGCAAGUUUAUGAAUGUGCAGAAAUAUAUCUUUUUUAUAUUUCUAAUGUUUACUAACUUAAAAUGUAGGCUGGAAUCCUAUUGUGAUAGACCUACUUGAAAAAAAAUCGUAGGAAUCUAUUGGCAUUAGGUGCUGCCAUGACCUAAUGUGUUUUGUUCUGUUGUUUGAUAUAUAUAUACGUAACUAGAAAAUUGAUGAAAAAUAAAAUAUUGAA